AUGAAACAUCCCAUUCCUCAGCUACCAUGGCAAGCAGUUGCCAGUGAUUGCAUUGAAAUGCAAGACGAACACUACUUGGUCCUAGUAGAUCUGUACUCUGACUACAUAGAACUAGUUCAGCUCCCAGACAUGUCAUCUAAAACUCUCAUCCAGCAGAUAAAACCGAUAUUUGCAACCCACGGGACACCAGCAGUCCUUAUAUCAGACAAUGGAACCAACUACAGCUCACAGGAAUUCCAAGAGUUCACCAAGGCAUGGGAAAUAUAUCACGUAACUGUAAGUCCUCAUCACCACAAGUCUAACGGGAAGGUGGAGUCGGCGGUGAAGAUUAUGAAGAAAGUCAUCAUCAAGGCCAAGAAAGACGGCUCAGACCUGUGGAAGUCACUAUUGGAAUGGAUGGAGAAACUCACCAACUCCAGGAACAUCCAGCUCACGAGCACAACGACUUAUGUCCCGCCAACCAGGUCUAUGUUGCCUAGCAACCAGGCCCUGUACAAGCCCGAAGUACAGGCAGCGGUGACAGAACAGAUCAUCCAAAACCGCAAGCAGGCCAAACACUAUCAUGAUCGCACAGCGAAGUCACUGCCUAGUCUUGUUGUUGGUCAACAAAUAAGGGUGAAGGUUCAUCCACAACAGGCUCAUAGCAAUUGGAAGGCAGGGACAGCGGUUUCCAUGGCAACAACGCCACGCAGUUACGUUGUACAAGUCAAUGGCAGGACGUAUCGCAGAAAUCGGGUACAUUUGCGAGACGCUCAACCUGACCUAGCUGCACAAGACCAUUCUGCUCCAAGGCCAAGCCAUAAAGCAACAAAGUCUUCAGGAAUGUCUACCUGCAGUCUAGCACCAGAACCAAGUGGUCCAGGUCCAUUAGACGCCACGGCACCUGUACUUACAGAACCAGUAGUCACGCGAUCAGGACGAGUUGUGAAGCCUCCACAAAGGCUGAUCAAUGCUCAGUCAUAG